AACAUUCAGUAAGACAGCACAACGUCCUCAUCAAUUCAACUAUCAACAAUUAAUACACAAAAAGUAAAAUUUUCAUCAUGAAUUUUGCUGCUUGUUUGCUGUUAGCCACCCUUGCAGUGGCCACUGCAGCUCCAUCUGGUCUUUGGGCUGGACAUGGAGUUGCUCUUGGUGGUCCAGUAUUGGGACCAUCGGCUCUUGCUGGACCAGUUCUUGGACCAACUGCUCAAGCUGGACCACAAGUUGGACCGGCAAAAAUCUCUGGUGCUGUUGAUGGUGGUGCUGUGGUCACUGGUUCCGUUCAAGGACCAUCAGUUGUAUCAGGCAGUGUCACUGGUGGAACCGCUGUCACUGGCUGGGGUGGUCCAUGGGCUGAUGGUGCUUGGGGUGCUGGACAUUGGGGAGCAGGAAACUGGGGAGCUAAUCCCUGGGGUGUUGGUCAUGGAGGAGCUUGGGGAGCAGUUGUUGCUGGACCAGUAGCUGGACAUGCAUCUCUUGCUGGACCAAUUGGAGGACCAGUUGUUGUUGCUGGACCAUCGGGACACAUUGCUGCUGGACACGCUGGAACUGGAGUUGUUCAUCGUUUAGGAGGACAUUGGUAAAACUUCUACCAACCCUUCACCGAAAAUCCCGACUGAGCUUUUCGACUAUCGCGCGACCUCAUGAUUUAUCCCUCGACAAUGCCAUGAUCUCCAUUCGUUUACCGCUAUAGUACCUCUCUCCCGACGCAAAAAAAAGAAAAAUUAUAAAUGCGUUUUAAUUUUGUGUACAUAACAAAAGGUUCAUCAGUAUACAUAUUUUAUAAUAAAGAGCAUAUACAACUUGUAA